AUGUCUCGAACAUUACGUUCAACUUCGUCCGCUCAAACUUCGCCAUCCUCAAAGUCGAGCAACUUUACCGAAUCCACCACCUACACCCCCUCCGUGACCCCACGCAAAGCUCCCCAUUGCACAAAAUGCAAGCGUCCACGCGCUGGCCACCCACGUUCGGGUUGUCCAUACGUUGACUCGCCCAAAGCCGAUCAGCCAUCCAACUCAGUCGCGUCGGAUGUCGGUAUUGGACUUACCGACGCCCUCGGAUCCAUGCAGAUCGCGUCGGCCCCUGUUGCAUUAGUACGUGAACGCGAGGAAGAAACAAAAGCUACCAUCCGGAACCGCCGUCGACUUUCCGCCCAACCCCAACUUCCUACGAGCGAUAGCCUCCUGUCGCUCUCCACCAACUCUAGCGAGAUAGUUGCGCGUCUUUUGCAGCCUGGGAUGUUUGAUGAUACUACAGACGAGGAAAACGCGUCUGGCAGGAAGGCGGUUGAUAAGAAGAUUGUGCGUUGGCAGGAGACACUUGCUAUACCAACCACUCCCAGAGCAGAGCCUGCUUUGAAGAACAACAAGGGAAAGGGCAGGUACUCUACGCGAUCUCCCAUGCCCUGCACGCUUGACACGCCCGAGACGAGCUUUGCCUCUUCCACGAACUCUGUUUCGAAACAGGGAAUUGCGGCUAUUCCUCAGGUUGAGUCGCCUGUAGAGGAGGAGGAGGAGCCUGAAGCUACCCCUGACGAAUCCGCUGGACCUUCCACCGUUACCCCCACACAAGGCCAAGCCACUCCUCCCCGCCGUGCUCAGCCCCUCGGCCGUUCUAUGAGCCUCGAAGAACGCGAAAUGUUCAUCUCAAAGCUGACAGUCAAAUCCCCAGCAACAAUCUACAUCCUCCCAAAGGCCGACAUACCCACCGUCACCGCGUCCGCCACCGCCCUUGGCUUCCAUGCAUGUGCGGUUUUAAGCGACGAUGCAGAAGACCCGGAGGCGCUGCUUAUCCUGGGUCAGGAUUUGGGUGCUGUGAAGAAGCUUUUUGGGAAAGUGGAGGAGGAAAACAGGAAGCAUUCAGAGCAGCGGAAAGGAAAGCCGAGGUCGAGCUUGGGUUUGAAGGCUGUUGCUGGAGGUGCUGUUGUUGGUGCUGUGGGUGCUUGGGCAGGGUUGGCGUUUGCCUGACCAACGACGACGAUAUCGACCUGGUCUCCUCAGCUUUGCCUCAAGUAAUGAACGAUCAGACGACCACCUGCACCCUUAUUUUUCUUUCCCUCUCUCGCUUCUGAACUAUCUGCCGUAUACACGAACACGAACACUCCUCUCAUUGGAUUUGUACGAUCAACAUGACGCAACGACGGUCUCUAUUUGUAUUUGCUACCCAUCCAUCAUGAACCCAGACUUGUAUCGCUACAAACCCCUAUCCGUUUGGUAUUUUUGUAUCCAGGUCUUACUGUUAUUCAUGUUAUCGUCAUUGCAAUAUGAUUAUUUUUCAGAGUCCCAUUUUAUUUUGUGUAGAUAUCCCUGCACAUGCAGUAAUGACAAUCAGAGCUUGGAACUUG